UCCGAACAAUAAUACCAACCGUCGUCGUCCAUCCAUCGACUUGGCGGUGGCAGCACAACUUGUGUUUCGUCCAUUAUAUUAAAAAUGGCAUCCGAGGGAAGCGGUGUGACAACUGGUCAGCCUAAUCUACAUAAACAAGACCUUUCUAAACUUGAUGUCACGAAACUCACAGCCUUGUCUCCAGAAGUUAUCAGCAGACAAGCGACCAUAAACAUAGGCACCAUAGGACAUGUAGCCCACGGAAAAUCCACUGUUGUCAAAGCCAUAUCCGGUGUGCAAACUGUUAGAUUUAAGAACGAACUCGAAAGGAACAUCACCAUUAAAUUGGAGAAAAAAAAUGAUGUGAACGGAAGGAAUAAGCCUCCAGCGAAGCGACGUAAGCCCAUUAAGUACAGAACGAAAGGGACGAGCAAAAAGAGACUCGAGCAAAGACGGCUACUUAAUAGAAUGUUGAUGAGUAAAAGAUUGAAAAGAUGGUUGGAUACGUCGUCCGAGAAAGAGAACUCGAAGGAGGACGAGAAUAACAUUUUGCACGACUCGAAUAAGAUGUGCGAUUUAUCGAUAGACUCGAAGAUGGUCUGCGAGAUACCGUACAUUAGAGACGAGCGAUUUUUGGAGGUCGAAAAGGAGCUGAUGGAGACCAAUCAUCAGGAUUCCAUGGAGGAUGUGGAGGAGGUUGACCAAUCCGCUUUGAAGCCAACAGAGAUUGUAGCUCGAAAGGAACUUCGCGUGGUCCUGCACAGGGACAUUGAGUUUAUGAUAAAUCCUUAUAAUACGCGCGGAAUGAAGAGACGGAAGAAACGGUUGAUUUUCAGAGAGAUCAAAGAGUACUACGGCAAAGCGAUAUGUUUACUAAUUAAAUUAGUGCACCCCAACGUGGAAGACUCUUGCUCUUCGGAUAAUAUAGUCGUCAGCGCUGACCAUGAGGUAGAAUACGAGGUGGAAAGUAUCAUCGGCGUGAAGAUUACGCACUGCUCGGUCUAUUUCCUCGUCAAAUGGAAAUCGUUCCCGGUGAGCGAUAGUACAUGGGAGCCGUUUCAGAAUGUUACCAAAUGUAAGCAGAUGAUCGAAGAGUUUAUCGACGACGUCUUCGACAGCUACAUCCUGGAGAAGUUGAGAAUCUAUUUGCAUUUAAAUAAAUGCAUGGACAACGAAGAGUUGUUGAGGCAUUUGAAUAACAAGAUCCUCGGCUGGGAUACGAUCAAAGAUUUGUACGCGAUACAGAGGGAACUGCUCAUGUUGUACGGAAAUCUGCCGAGGCAAAGUACCAAGCCUUAUUUAAAAUUAAAAACCAUGUACCUGACUUACGUUUACCGGCAGAGGCGAAGCCAGCAGCUCGCGUACAUUGAACAGUGGCAGAACGAGAUCAACACGAAGAACGGUAAAAACGCGAACAUCGUCGUCGAGAAUAACGUGGAUUUGGACUAUCCGCCAGUGAAUUUUCAAUACGUGAACGAGUAUGUCGCCAGCAAAGGAUUGGUCAUCUCGUACGAACCGGAUUACGGAUGCGACUGCACCGGCGGUUGCAGUUACAGACUGAGCAAGUGCUGCGGCGUGAAGGACAGCAAGAAGUUCGCGUACACGAUGUCGAAAAGGGUGAACGUGCCGCAGGGUUUCGCCAUCUACGAAUGCAACAAGAAGUGCUCCUGCGACUCGACGUGCCAGAACAGAGUCGUGCAGAACGGUAGCGAAAUACCGCUUGCGAUAUUCAAAACGAGGAACGGCUGCGGCUGGGGUGUGAAGACUCUGGCGAACAUCAAGGCCGGCACGUUCGUCUGCACGUACGUCGGUGAGGUGAUCUCCGCGAAGGAGGCGGAACGCAGGGAUCAGAUAUACGGUGCCGUCGGGAUAACGUACCUCUUCGAUCUCGACUUCCACUCGUCGGAUAACGUGUACACGGUGGACGCAGCAGUUAAAGGCAACGUCUCGCAUUUUAUAAAUCAUUCGUGCGAUCCGAACAUCGGCGUUUGGGCCGUUUGGAUCAACUGCACGAAUCCCAAUUUACCGCUGCUCGCCAUGUUCGCUCUGCGGAACAUCGCAAAGGACGAAGAGCUCACCUUCGACUACAUGUGCAACAAUCGCGAUUCCCAGAGCCCGGCAAAGUCGAAGUCGACGAGUCGGACGCCGGAGAAGAUAAAUAAAUUCGUUUGCAGAUGCAACUCGCAGAAGUGCCGCAAAUAUUUGUUUUAAUAUAUAAAUAUUUGUUUCUUCAAAUUUACCU